UAUUUAUUGACUCCACCUCUAAGCAUUGCCUGUGCUUUUUUUUUUGUUUCUGUAGCGCAACGCGGUCGUUCCUGACGAAAAUGGAUAACUCCUCUCAACUUUGCAAACUUUUUGUUGGUGGAUUGAACGUAGAUACCGACGAUGAUGGGCUCCGCAAGCAUUUUGAGCAGUACGGUCAACUGACCGACUGCGUUGUAGUUGUGAAUAAGCAGCUACAGAGGUCCCGCUGUUUUGGCUUUGUAACCUACUCGAGCGCUGAGGAGGCAGAUGCAGCAAUGGCGGCAAGGCCACAUGUCGUUGAUGGCACCAACGUGGAGUUGAAAAGAGCGGUCGCUCGUGAAGAUGCCGGUAAACCCGAGGCACUCGCCAAGGUCAAGAAAAUAUUCAUCGGGGGACUGAAAGACGACAUCGAAGAUGAACAUCUGAAUGAGUAUUUUUCCCAGUUCGGCGAGAUCGAGAAGGCCGAAGUUAUCGCAGAGAAGGAAACCGGAAAGAAAAGAGGUUUUGGUUUUGUUCACUUCACAGAUAACGAUUCGGCCGAUAAGGCAGUGGUACUUAAGUUCCACAACAUCAAUGGGCACAAGGUGGAGGUGAAGAAAGCCCUCACAAAGCAGGAGAUGCAAGCUACGGGCCGUGGCGGAAGGGGAGGAAGAGGCAUGAGAGGAGGACAAAAUGGCUUCGGAGGCGGCAGAGGUGGUUACGACAGCUACGGGGGUGGUUUCGGUGGGGGCUACGGGGGCAGUGCUGGUGGCUAUGGCGGUGGCUACGGAAGUGGAGGCUACGGCGGUGCCUAUGGGGGAGGCGCAAGCUACGGAGGUGGUUACGGCGACCAGAUGGGAGGCUAUGGUGGCGGCAAUGGCUACAGUGACUUUGGCAGUGGGUACAGCCAGCAGUCCUCCGGUUAUGGGCCCAUGAAAGGCGGCACCAACUACGCUGGUAGGAGCCCUGCUCCCUACGCCCCCCGAGGCGGUGCAGGUGGCUACAGCAGAGGAGCGUAUGGCGGCUACUAAACCGGUGGCUACGCUACGACAGACUAUUUGAAAAUACAUCUCCACACAUACCCGUCUGAUCUUCAAACCGUACUCAAAAUUCAGUCCACGGGCAUUUGGCAAAUGCGGACACUGUGACACCAAAUCAUUGAAGACCUCGAAACCAAACAGGUAGGAAGAUCACUUCCCAGAACCUGAUUUGCACGUCCAGCUCUUGCUAUAGGACACGUUCGAUUGCUAAAUUCAUUUAUGUUCCAAGAUGAGGGCGUGUAGCUGUCGUUAGUUGACCUGCUUUUUAUUUUACGUAUGCGUACAUUCGUGUUUAGGUUAGUUACAUUUUGUUUUGAUACUAUACUUUCUCUUAUCUCCAUUUUAGCAAGUAGUAAGGAAAUUCCCAUGGAUCUAGUCUAGAGGAUUGGGACGCAUGUGCUAUAUAAUUGGAUUUAUUAGCUGACUAUGUAAAUGUGUAUUCUGUCCACUAGCCUAUAGGUUGUUGGGUACGCGUAUUUGGUGGGCCGGAUCCAGUUUAAACGUUUAAUUUUCUUGCCAAAAUGUUUUGUAAGUUAACGAAGUACGUCAGUAAUUUCCCCACACAGAGCGUUCAGCUAUGAGCUGACCGUUCCUUUAAUUUACUACAUAAAUCUCAUGUAUAUUGUAUAAUCUGUCUGAACAUCAAACUACAAUUGUUAAGCAUUGGUAUGCAUAUGUAUGUUCAUUUGAAAUAAAGAGUUAAACAAAUUUAGCUAGUUUUUAUUCAUUUUACUAGGAUGCCAUAAGUCCACUUCUGAUAUUGGUUAUAUUAUGUGAUAUAUUUGAUCUUUAGUAGCUUCAUGGCAUUUCUUCCAUUACACUUCCUGGGUGAAGGAUCAGUUUUCCCAUGGCCAAUGCAUGAAGGCGUUGUAGGUUUGCAAUAACAUUGUUCCAUGUUACCAGGCGUUUUGAAUAUUGUGGACCUGGGGGCUCAUUUUCUUUGAUUCCUGCAUUUAGGUGUUCAUACUGUUAUCCAAGUACGCCAAAAUAGCAGUAUCAGUUUGACUUUAUACAGGAACCCCGUGCAAUACCUGGGGUCGAUUGUCAUAGGAUUCUGAAAUAUCUCUUUAGGAUCACAUCCAGCAAACUAGGUAUGUAAAUCAACCUGUCUUUACUGUGUUGGUCAAGUAUUCAGAUAUGGUACUGAAAUGUACUCGAUGUCACCUAUUUAUAGUUCUUGCAUUUAUCCAUAGUCGCUCUUAUUUUGCCCUGUGCAUCUUAGUUUACAUGUUUACUGCACGCAUUUGGUCCUAAAUCUAAAAUUAGGCUGAAGCGAUUAAGUGCACAUUCUACAUUAAUGAAUCUAUAAACUGGCACGUUAGGCAUACCUCAUGGCAUAAUGCUUUAACUGCAGUGUCUCAUUCUUUACUCUUCCCCUCUCCGCCAGGUAGCCAUGGAAACCAAUCUGGCAACGACUUGGCUACAUCAAGACCGGUGGUGGGGGGCACAGCUAAAGCUGUCCCACUGCCGCAGGUGAUUUGGAAUACCAGGACCUUAUGCCCAUAUAAAAUCGGGUUGCAGUGGCCAGCAGCUAUCUACUUGUGUCAAGUCAAUCUAGGUGGUUGGUGUAAUUGACUUCUUUGGUUCUCUUACCCUUUGUAGGAAGACUGGGUGUGAAUGUUCGAUCGUGUACUAUGGAAAACUGGACACUGCAUUGUUGCCCUUCAAACCAGUUGGUUUGAAGAACAUUGUGUUGAAUGGGAGUUACAGCCUAGGGCUUGCACUCUUUACUCAAAUGUUUGCAAAUAACAAUUAGUUACUCUAAACUUGUUAAUUCAAGUUAGCUUCUCCAUAUUUUAGAGAAGGUAGCCAAUUUGCUUUGAGCAUUUCUUUCCAUGUAUUGUUCCUUUGCAGCUGACCAUGUUUAGUAAUGUUUGCAAUAAAAUGAGUACCUAUUG